AUGGCAUACGGUAAAGGGUUUGCUAUGGAUAGUAAAGAGGUUGAACGGGAACUCACCGCUCUUGUGAAUUUACCUGAAAAUGCAAACAGAUGUGGAGAAUGCGGAAGCCUAUUUCCCACAUGGUGUUCGAUAAACUUGGGCGUGUUUCUGUGUGGUAGGUGUGCCUCAGUACAUAGAAGAAUCCUCGAUCCCGAUCGUGAAGGUGAAGGUGAAGGCGAAGGCGAAGGCGAAGUUGCGUGGUCCAACGUCAAAUCAUUAUCGUUACAUCGUUGGAGGGCAAAAGAUUUGCAAAAUCUGUCAAGAAGCGGAGGAAAUAAGCGCAACAAAGAAAUUUGGAAUUCAAAGAAACAGCCAUUCCCAUUUGAUGGUGAUGAGGAUAAACUGCAAGUUGAGCAUUUCAUUCGAGACAAGUAUAUAUUGGGCAAGUUCAGGUUUGACCCAAUAGAUCCCGCAGAGUACGGUAAUACAAAUAAAAUGAGUAGGUCGGAUAAGAUCCGGGACAAAGUUCGUAGCAAUAGUUUUGGAGGAAGCAGAACCAGAUCAAGAGAAGGUUUCAGUUCUUAUGGGUCAAGUGAUAAUCUUCCAAGCCUAAGUGGCCGUCGGGCAAGAGAUUAUGAAUUGAGCAGGUAUGCUAAACAAUUAAGGCAAAUGAAGGAAAUGGGGUUCAACGAUGUCGACAGUAACGCUGAGGCGGUUUCUUUAGCUCAUGGUGAUAUAAACAAAGCAAUGGAUAUCCUGCAGCGGUAUGAUUCGAGGCCUAGUCGGAACCGCAGAAGUGAGAGCUCGUUAUCUAAUUCCAGAACAAACCUGUCGUCAGGGGAGUUCGACUCUCACUUCGGUUCGCAGGAAAAUAUCAAUUCGAGUGCAAACUCAGAUGCGAAUCCGCCAUUGCCAAGAAGACGCCCAAAGACCGCAGGUCCGCAACCUGCUCUCUUUGAUGGUUUGAAUGAAAGCGGACCAAUGCUAACUGGUGGUCAGAGGCCGCUGCAACCACAGCCGGCUGUAUUUGAUGGAUUUGACGGUUUCGCACCUCAACAGUACUACGAUCCCUCCACAGGAAUUAUCUACGUUGACGAGCAACAGCAGCAACAAUUACAACAAGCACAACUACAGCAGCAACUACAGAUGGAUCAACAACUACAGCUACAACAACAAUUGCAGCAGCAGCAACACCUCCAACUACAACAGCAGCAGCAGCAGCAGCUACAAAUGGCUCAACAGCAGCAAAUAGCUCAACAGCAGCAACAGCCUUAUAUCGACAAGAAUGCCCUGAUGUCACUGUAUCAGCGCCCUGAUAUGUACUCUAGCCCAGUGGAGCUUCAAGCAGAUCAGCCGCAGCAUCAGGAGAUCAUGCAAUUACGGCAGCAGCAAAUGCUCCUGACGCAACAACAGCAACAGCAACAGCAACAGCAACAGCAACAGCAACAGCAACAACAACAACAACAACAACAACAACAACAACAACAACAGGCCUUCCAAGGCUUCUAUUAG